AUGGCGAGCGACAUCUCGUCGCCAGCAUUUUCGCCGGACCCCGACGUGAGGCUCUUCAAGCUGCAGCGCGGGGGCCUCACAGCUACCAUCACCAACCUUGGCGCCACUGUCACCAGCCUUACCACUUCGUUUUCCUGGCUCCCCCUCUCAUCGCUAAUCUCCCUCUCAUCGCUAAUCUCCCUCUCAUCGCUAAUCUCCCUCUCAUCGCUAAUCUCCCUCUCUUGCCGUUUAUCGUCUUCCCUCUAUCUCUCCCUUCGCUGCACCGCUGACAUUCCCUCAUUUCUAUCGGCCUCUCUCUCCCUUUCUCACCCUCCCUCAGGUCAGCUGCAUGAUAUUGUUCUUGGCUUCGACACCGCUCAGCCUUACCAGGAUGGGACAUCGCCAUACUUUGGCUGUGUGGUUGGCCGAGUGGCCAAUCGCAUUGCAGGAGCUCAAUUCAAUCUGGACGGUCAGAUCCACCAUCUGACGGCUAACGAUGGCCCUCGCCCGAACACACUGCAUGGUGGCAAAGUGGGAUUUGACAAGCGAAUAUGGCGUGUGGUGGGCAAGGAUGAACUUGACAAAAUAGGAUCCGCUGUAUCAUCAUCAGCAGGAGCAGCAGCAGCAGAGGAGGAGGAAAGAGCAUCUGAAUCAUCAGGCAGUAGCACGGAGUUGAAUCUGGCGCUGGCGAGUGGGGACGGGGAGGAGGGGUUCCCAGGGCGGGUGGAGGUGCGGGUGACUUACAGGCUGGUGGGCGAUGGGGAGAUGCUGGUGGUCAUGGCGGCUCAUGCUGUUGACCGGGACACGCCCGUCAGUAUGGCACAUCACAUGUAUUGGAAUUUGGGCGGCCAUGCCAGUGGAACAGUGCACGACCACGUUGUGCGGGUCAACGCGUCCCACUACACGCCAAUCAAUGCCAACCAUAUUCCCACGGGUGAAAUCCUGCCGGUAGCGGACACCCCUUUUGACUUCCUCUCAAGGGAGUUCCCGAUUGGUGCACGCAUGGGUGACGUGGCAGGCGGGUACGAUCACAACUACGUGUUGCACAGCACACACACAUGGAGCAGGGAACAUCUGGUGACUGGGGAAGAGGCAGGAGCAGAAGGAACGGAAGGAAGAACGGCGGGUGGGGGGACAAAUGAAGAUGAAGCAGCAGGGGAAGUGGUGGAAGGGCAGAAAUUGUUUCUGGCUGCCCGAGUGCGGCACCCGGAAACAGGCAUCGUUAUGACCCUGUCCACUAAUGCCCCUGCCAUGCAGUUCUACACAGGCAACUUCCUAGAUGGUUCGUUCAAAGGGAAGGGAGGAACAGCUUAUCAGCAGCAUGCAGGCUUCUGUCUUGAAACACAGGUCAGCCUGUUUAAAUGCUGUGGGUUACAUCUUAUCAUCAAUUCCUUUCCAUGGAUAUCUUUUCACCGCUUCUACUAUCCAAUGUCAUGA